AUGUUCACCUUUUCAUUGACAUCUUUUAUCAGACCGGUGGUCUCUUCAUUCCGCGCGUCACUGCAGGUGAGUGCACUAAGGCACCAAUCAAAGACACAUAGAGCAACCUAUAAGAGAUGGAGGAAAACGGCGAGUGGGUACAAGAGAGGCAUCCAGGGACGGAAGCACGGAAACGCCGGGUUUGCGGCGAGUGUGUUGAAGAAGAGAACCGGUACUGCAUACUCCACACACACCCAGUCGAAAAUCUUACAAAGAUUACUUCCAAAUUUGUAA